GCCACAAUUGGAUCGACAAUGUCUGAGCAGCAAUCCAACGGAGUCCCGAAGGUCGAGGGACUGAGCGAGAGAAGUCGGGCCAAAUGGGCGGCCGCCUCGACACCCGAGGAAAUCGCCGCCAACCUGCCUCCGAUGCUCGACCUGACCAUCGAAAACAUCACGGAAAAUGUCAUGAAGAUCAACUCCAUGUGCGACAAUCCGCGCCUUCGAUACCUUAUCCUGAAGCUGGUUCAAGCGGCGCAUGACUACGUGCGGGAGGUUGGCCUGCAAUUCGAUGAAUGGGAGCAAGCCUGGCAAUACCUGACCAAGGUCGGUCAAAUCUCCACCGACGUCCGUCACGAAUUCGUGCUUCUCUCGGAUAUUCUGGGCAUCUCCGCGUUGGUUGACGCCAUCUCUUAUCCGGCCGUGCCCGGCGCCACUGAAUCUUCUGUGCUCGGCCCUUUCCACGACGAGGAGGCGCAUUCUUUCCAGUAUGGGGAAUCGAUCUUCACGGAGGGGACCCCCGGGGAGCCCACGAUCGUGCGCGGUUGGAUCAAGGAUACGGAGGGCAACACGGUGCCGAAGGCAUUGAUAGAUGUCUGGGAAACGGACGGCAAUGGAGUCUACGAUCUGGAGUAUGACGGUAGCGCCGAUCCCAACUGUCGUGGGAAGAUCCUUUCGGACGAGAAGGGUCAUUUCCUUUUCGUUUGCGUCAAGCCUGUGGCCUACCCAAUCUCCAACGACGGCCCCGUCGGCGAGUUGCUGCGGAAGCUCAAGCGCCAUUGGUUCCGCCCAGCGCAUAUGCAUUUUAUGAUCGAGCACCCGGCAUACACCAAGCUGAUUACUGCCCUGUACUCCCGAGACAGCAACUUUGUGGAGAGCGACACUGUCUUUGGAGUCAAAAAGAGCUUGAUCGUGGAUUACAAGUGGUGUGAGGACCUUGAAUUGGCGAAGGAACAUAAUGUGAAGCCUAUUGUCAAGGCAAUUGAUGGCAAGGAAUCAACGGGGUUCUGGCUUUUGGAACAGGACUUUGUUCUAGUCAAGAAGAGUCCCCCUCCGCCUCGUAAGACGGAGGAUUAA